AUGGGGGAAUAUGAAUAUUUUGGAUUCGAUUUGAGUUUCUUAUCGAGUAUUUUGGGUGUGUUUAUCAUCGUCGGCAGCAGCUUAAUCAAGCUACCACAGCUGUACACGCUUUAUCGCACUGGAUCGAGUAAUGGACUCAGUUUGAGUGCCUUCUCAUUAGAAGCAGUGGCGUACUUUAUAAACUACGUCUACGGAUACUCUCAUUCAUACCCAUUCACGACAUACGGCGAGAAUCUCACACUGACAUUCCAAAACAUAGCCAUUAUAGGGUGUAUAAUGCGAAGAAAGGUGUAUACUGUAAUAUUCGCAGCAAUCACUUUCUCAUUCCUACUCACCCCGAAACCGCUAAUCGACAUGACAUUCCAACUGUCGAUUCCACUCAGUCUGGCGAGCAAACUACCACAAAUACACGCCAACCACCGCAACGCUUCGACUGGAUCGCUCUCUCCUAUCACUACACUCGCUCAGCUCGGCGGGUGCUGCGUGCGCGUCUUGACCAGUGUGCAUAAUGCCGGCGACAUACCCAUGACUAUCUCCUUCGCUGGAGCUGCCCUCUUAAAUGGCAUCCUCCUCGCUCAAAUUGUCCUGUACGCGCGCAAUCGCAGUGUUUACUUACCAUCACAUACCGCGCAAAUUUUACACCCCUCCAAUACCAACGAAAAGAGUGGGAAGAGCAGACGUGAUUAG